UGAGAGCAGCUGAAUGAAGCAGCCCGUCCCAUUCAUUUCUGGGGUCUUAUCUCCAACAACAACCACCCAAUCAUUUCUUUCUUAUCUCGGACUCGGACAGAAAACUAUCUGGCCACUGGAAAUACGCGCGGGUCAACACCAACGGAGGAAGGAUAUUUCUUUAAUUCUUUGUUUCUUAUUACCCUAUCUCUCUCUCUCUCCCUCUCUCUCUAUACCUCUCUCUCUCUCUCUUCCCCUAUCUGGCUGCUCUGCGCUCUCCUGUGGACUCUCUUAAGGCACUUUGGAUAAAAGCCUCCGCAAGAAAUGGCAGAUUGUGGGUCUCUUAUCUGUCCCUCCCUGGGCAGGUGGUGAAGUGUCUGAGCCAAACGAGUAAAGACAGCAAGUGUUUUAUUUCUAGAAGGAGGGGAAAAAGAAGAGGCGCGUGUGAUCUUUUUUCUCCCAGUUAUUUCCAGUUAUUAUUUCGGCCGCACCGAGCCAACAGUGGGGUUUCUCUCCCCUCCGGUUUAAUCACAGUCACACAGCGGCGGACUCCUUUUCCUCCGCAGAUCUUCUUCUCUCUCCAUCGUUCGGUCUGUUCUGCGGCUGAAAGCGGCGAGACCCAAGGGUCCUCUCUGCCCCCAUCUCGUACCCCUCUCUCUCUCCCACUCGGUUCGGAGGAGAAGCCAAAAGAAGGUUGCGCUUCUUCUCCUUCUCUUUAUGCUGCAAAAAAAAAAAAAAGGAUUCCCCAAAAAGUGAUUUCAAGUGGACUUUUUGUGUGUGAUUUUGGCAGAAAAGUGCAGCUCGGGAUCGAAUCCAGAGAAGAGAAAGAGGGUGAAUCACUCUGACCUGGAAGGGACGUAUUUCUGGAGAGAGAGAGAGAGAGAGAGAGAGAGAGAGAGAGAGAAGUUGAGAAAGGACAGAGAGAAGAAGAGGAAACGGAAGAGAGAAAUGGAGAACACGCGCGGGCUCUCAUUUCCAAAAAUGUCUCUUCGGAUGGAUUAGGACAAACAGAGACCUGGACUUGGGAACCUUUUAUAUCACCGACUUGUGUCUGGGAUAUGGACUGGUUGCUGUAAUCGAUCAGCUGAUUGAUUGAUUGGUAGAUCGGUCGGUUGAUUGACUGUCGGACGUUAGCAGCCGGCAAACUUGGACUUGUGGGGGGAUUUAAAAACCAAAAGGGAACCGUGCACCGCAGCGACUUUUUUUUAUUUUUUUUGGGGGGCAAAAAAAAUGAGCCUUUUCGAACAGCACCUUUGGAUCGACUCAUCGAUAUAUUGACGACAGAAUAACCUGCGAAGCGUGACUAUUUAUCUAGUCGACUUUUCUGCCCAGUUUAACGUUCCAAGUAUCCUGCAAUCCAAUUUAUAAUACAAUUUAUGUGUACUUACAAAUGUCUAUCCUAUGCCCCUUUAGAAAUUAAAUGCAUGUUAAAGAUUUACAUUCAACAUUGUAUAUACAAUAUUAAGCGCUAACACUGCGUACCACCGCAGCAUUAAAAGCCCCUGUAGGAAUAUUACCGGGCACCACGGGGGGCAGAAAGUCUCAUAAAAUACAUUAAGAAUGAUUAUAAAACUCAUAAUUGCCACAACAGUUUGACUGUAAAAAAAAAAUCAUUUUAAGAAUUUCAUAAGGGAUUACUAAAGUGCAAAGCGCUUCGCGGGAUUUCAGUUUGGAGAUUGGAAGUUAUUUUUGGCCGCGCCGAAGUAAAGCGACUCUUCCACACCAGUGCCCGGACAGAGACAGAGACAGACAGCCGGGACACAAGAGGUCUACCUCCGUGUCUCUGUCUCACAUCCCGCCCGGCCCGGGAAGAACGGAGUGGGAUAGAUAGAGGGCGGAGGAGAGAAAAGAGAGAGAGAGAGGGGAGAGGAUGCGUAACUGCGGCUAAUUGGAGCGGAGUAGACUUAGCCUUCAAACAUCUUGGACAAGAAGAGAGAGAGAGAGAGAGAAGAGAGAGAGAGAGGGGAUUCUAUUCUUUGUGCAGCCAACAAGACUUUCCGCUUUUAGGCUGUACAUCGCUUUGCGUUUUGGCAGAGAGGAGGAGACAAAAAAAAAACGACCUCUAUCCUUUCAUCCGUCAUUCGGAGAGCCGAGUUACUGGCUGGAGAAGACACGCGAGGACAGAGCCAGAGGUGGGAUUAUUAUUUCCUGUCAACCUUUACGACUGGUCGAGAUUGUGUCGUCAUCAUCCUGGAUUCUGGAUUAGUUUCUCCAAAAAAAAAACGCCAGGUGCCAGUGGAGACUAGAGAGAUGAAGACUCUAUCCCUCCUCUUCCUCCUCCUCCUCGCCUCGGGAGCCUGUGACGACGUCAAGUACAUCUCCAAGAGGAAUUCAGUGGACGGAUGCAUAGACUGGUCGGUGGAUCUGAAGGAGUACCAUGUUCUGGCUGGGGAACCUGUUCGGGUGAAAUGUGCCUUGUUCUACAGCUACAUCCGAACCAACUACACCAUGGCAACCAACGCCAAGCUGCGCCUCAUCUGGUACAAGAACAAAGGAGAUGCUGAGGAGCCUAUCAUCUUCUCAGGUCAUAGACUGAGUAAAGAAGACGACUCCAUCUGGUUCAGAUCUGCUGAAAUGGAAGACAAUGGCUUUUACACCUGCGUACUAAGGAACUCGACAUACUGCGUGAAAGUGUCCAUGUCGAUGGCUGUGGAAGAGAGUGAUGAGGGGAAAUGCUUCAGCAGCAAAAUCCGACAUCUGGAGAAAGCUGAGAUAACCCAUGGCAAAAUGAUUACCUGCCCUGAUAUAGAAGACUAUUUGGCUCCAUACAAGCAGCCACAGAUGACCUGGUAUAAGGAGUGUGAGCGGGUUGAAUGGAGAAGCUCUAUCACUAUUAACAAUACACACAUCUGGAUUCCUGAGGUAGAGGAGGGCGACGGGGGAAAUUACACCUGUGAGUUACAGUAUGGAUCCAGACUGGUGCGGCGAACAACAGAACUUAAAGUGACAGCUCUGCAGACCACUCAGCCUCCCAAGGUCCUUUUCCCCCCGCAGAGGCAAGACACCACGAUAGAAAUCACGCCUGGUAUGCCUCUCAGUCUGGAAUGCAAGGCGUUUUUCGGCUACAGUGGAGAAAACAGAAGGCCUAUUAUCUACUGGAUGAAAGGAGAAAAGUUUGUCGAAGAACUAGCAGGACACAUUAAAGAAAGUGAAGUCAGGAUUUUGAGGGAGCAUUUAGGGGAGAAGGAGGUGCAGCUAUCCCUAAUGUUUGAUGCUGUGGAGGAGGCAGACCUGGCCAACUACACCUGUUAUGUGGAGAACCACAUAGGGAGGCGCAGUGGGAGUGCUAUACUGCAGAAGAAAGAUAUGUAUCGCCUGGAGUUGGCUGGUGGUCUGGGGGUCAUAUUGUUGCUACUGGGAGUCCUCACGGCACUGUAUAAGUGUUACAACCUGGAGAUCAUGCUCUGCUACAGGAGACACUUUGGAAGCGAUGAGACGGAAGAUGAUAAUAAGGAGUAUGAUGGCUAUCUGUCCUACACAAAAGUGGACCUUGACUGUUUGGGCAGCAGGAUGAGCAGCGAUGAGGAAACAUUUGCUUUGGAGAUCCUGCCGGAUGUUUUAGAGAAACAUUGUGGAUACAAGCUGUUUAUACCAGACAGAGAUCUAAUACCCAGCAGUACCUACAUCGAGGACUUGGCUCGUAGCGUGGAGCAGAGCAGACGCUUGAUCAUUGUUUUGACUCCAGAGUUUGUCGCCAAAAGAGGGUGGAGCAUCUUCCAGAUAGAGACACGCCUCCACUCCAUGCUGGUUACCGGGGAGAUCAAGGUGAUCAUGAUAGAAUGUGCGGACCUGAAGAAUGUCAUUAACUAUCAAGAGGUGGAAGCACUUAAACAUACAAUCAAGGCUUUAUCUAUCAUCAAGUGGAGGGGUCCUAAGAGCAAUGAGCUGUCCUCUAAGUUUUGGAAACAGGUGGUCUACGAGAUGCCUGCGAAACGCAGAGAGACGCUGUCCAGACGCCAGGUGAUGGACUCUGGUGAACAGGGCCUCUUUGGUGACCUACAGACCACCGUCUCCACCAUUGCCAUGACAACCACCUCCGCCUCCUUGGCGCCCCCUAAUGAUAGUCGCCACGGACAUCAUCAGGUUGCCUUGGCGACAGAGAUCCCCGACUACAACCAGAUGACAUUGCCGCUGGGAGGCGGUCACACUGCCACAGCUGCCCAAAUGAGGCAUUUCUGCCGCAGCUACGAGUUCACGCUUCCCCCACAGCCUUCCUCCAUGUCGCCUCCCCUCCCACCUCCCUCCACCGUGCAGUUCUCCACUCUGGGCCCCGGGGGGCGCCACGUCUAUUGCAACAUCCCUAUGACACUGCUGAAUGGACAGGGGUUAGGAGCAGUUCACUGGGGAACAAGAGGUGACCCAGAGCAGUACGCUUGGGAAGAAGCCAGAACUCCACCUGAACAGCACCUUCGUACCACUCACCAGCAGAGAACUAAGCUCUGACAUCUGGUAGAGGGACUGCUCAACUGGUACUGGAUUGCAGACCGGUUUACAGACUGCUUUCAAACUGGCUUUGGAAAUGGGGUUGACUGGUUGGUCCACUGGUUUUCAUUGGAUUUUUGGACUGUGUACAGUCUUGGUUUUCUAGAGGGACUGCUUGUGGACUGCCUGCACACUAGUUUUAGGCCACUUUGUCCCGCCUUGUGAACAAAGGACUGCUCAAAGACUUAAGCCUUGGAUUCACAAUUGUUGGAUAUACUGGCUGCAGACUGCUAACAGAAAGACAGAUUCAGAUCCUAAAACUGAUUGUACGCUGAUUUUGGACACACCAACUGGAUACAGACUGAUACACUGGUAUGUAAGCUGUGUAGCCAUGACCAUUGGAAAGGAACGCUGUUACACAACACGUCAUACACAUUUGACUGGUGCAGAGAAUUUGUAGACAUGCAUGGACAUAUGGAUGUAGUGAACUGGAAAGGUCAAUGAAAAGAUCCAGGAUACUUAAACAAUGAGUAGGUAUCCCCAAACAGGAGUGCACCAUUUGUCACGUAAGCUACCAAGUUGGACCUUGGAGCACAAAAAAAAAAAAAAAAA